AUGUUGAAAAUUUCAUUAUUAUUAUUAUUCAUCGUCGUCUGCUGUCGAUACGUUAAAGGUGCAAACAUAUUAGGAGUUUUUAGCGUACCGUCAAUCAGUCAUCAAAUUGUGUACAGAGCAUUAAUGUUAGAAUUAAAUCGUCGCGGUCAUAAUUUAACGGUUAUAACUCCAGAUCCGAUAAGAGAUUCCAGUUUGAAAAAUUAUAAAGAAAUCGACGUGUCGUUCAUGUACGAAUUAUGGAAUCGUAAAAUGAUAGCAAGUCCGAAAGAUUUUAAAAUAAUCGACGAAUUUCCAGAGAUAUUUAUUUUUUUAUUUGCAAAAUUAGGACCGGAAAUAUGCGAAGGUUAUUUAUCGAGUCCGGAAAUACAAAAAUUAUUACUGGAAAAACCUGAAUUCGAUAUACUGAUAACGGAAUUCGGUUCGCAUCCGUGCGUUUACGGUUUUUCAAAAUUUACAUCGUACAAACACAUCGGAAUGACAUCGUUCCAAACAAUUCCAGUCGUACAUUCGAACAUUGGAAAUUUAGCGACACCAUCAUACAUUCCAGAUCCGUUUUUCUCCAUAACGGAUUCAAUGAAUUUCGUACAAAGAUUACGAUCGACUAUUUUUCAUUUAUUUAUGUGGUUCGUUUACGGUUACACGAUGUGGAGUCAAAAUAAAAUAACUAAAAAAUAUUUUGGAAAUGAUUUGCCUCAUUUAAUCGAUCUGGAGAGAAAUUUAACAUUGCUUAUGGUCAAUACGCAUUUUUCCAUGAGUUAUCCGAGACCAUAUCCGGUUAAUUUAAUCGAAAUCGGUGGGCCGCCAUUUCAUUUAAACGGAAGGAAACGGAAAUCGUUACCGAAGGAAUUAAAAAAAUUUAUGGACGAAGCACAAGAUGGCGUCAUUUUUUUCAGUUUAGGUACGAACGUUAAAACGAAUUCAGGUUUUACGCAAGAAGAAAAAAUAUUAAUCGAAACAUUUGGUAAAAUGAAACAAAGGAUUUUAUGGAAAUGGGAAAACGAAAAUCUUAAUGUUAUUUUGAAAAACGUUAAAAUUUCAAAAUGGUUUCCGCAAGUUGAAAUUUUAUCUCAUCCGAACGUGAAAGCGUUCGUUACACAGGGAGGACUUCAAAGUAUCGGAGAAGCGAUAGAAUAUAAAGUACCAAUGAUAAUAAUGCCAUUUUUUGCGGAUCAAGGUCAUAAUGCCAUGAAAAUGAAAUCCGUCGGAGUGGCAAAAGUUUUCGAAUUCAAUGAAUUAAACGUCGAAGAUUUCACGGAAGCUUUGAAUGACGUUUUAUAUAAUUCCACGUAUAAGGAAAACAUGAUAAAAUUUAAUAGAUUAGUCAACGAUCAACCGAUGCCACCAUUGGAAAAAGCAGUUUGGUGGACAGAAUACGUACUGAGGCAUAACGGUGCGCCUCACCUUCGUUCGGUUGCUGCCACGAUGCCGUGGUAUCAAUAUUUAUUACUCGACGUUUUGGCAUUUUAUUUAUUAAUCAUCCUAAUUUUUAUUUAUUUGAUUUUUAAAACGGGGAAAACAUUAAUUAAAUUUAUUUUUCGUUUUAAAUGA